GUUGUUGAGGAGGUGAGGACAAAAGCUGUUUCCUUUCCCCCGUUGAAACCAGUCGGUCGUAGCCAUUGUUGUUGCUCUUUUAAACAAAAAAAACUUUUCAACCCAAAUGUUGUGUCCGUCCCGGUGGGUUAACAAAAGAUGAACCAAGUCGGCUUAUUUUUGUAGGUCGAGUCGUCCGGAUGGAUGGUAAAAUAUAUGACAAGGGCUGUCACUGGUCCCUUUCGUGUUGUUUCCUCCUCCAAAUGUGCACCCACGAUUGCUCGUCGUCCAUUUAAACCUCAUACCAUACAGCGUUCCCGACGCCGAAUUCUAGUGCUGUCCUACUAAAUCAUGUCCUGUGGAAGGUUGACCUGGUGGUCAGUCGUGGCUUUCAUUUCAUUGCUGUGGCCGGCGUGUGUUGAGUCGCAAGGUAGUCAACAAAGAACAAGUAACCAUGCAUGCAAGUUGUAACUAAUUCUGUGCUCCCUAUCAUCGUGUGUCGGCAAUAGGAUGCAGAAACUACGACAUUCCUAACGGCGUAUGUGCUGGGCUGAUUACAUACCCUGUAUCGCCCCUCCUUUCGGCAAGCUUUGCUGAAAAGGCACUCGAAAACAAUGGGAUCCAGCUAUUAAGAGUCUCCCUAGCGCCAUAUCCACAAUGCUAUGCAGCAUACGUUGGUUGGGCAUGCUCAGCGGCCUUUCCGAGAUGUACUGCGAGUGGUAACGGAACAAUUGUGCGGCCACCUUGCAAGUCUACAUGUUUAGAGGCGUCCAUAUAUUGUAAAGAGAUAUUCGCCUUACUCGGCAUUGCAGACCAGCUACCCAAUUGCGAAGGUAGCAUCCCAGGGAUGAUGAUUCCUUACCCGACACAGCCGGAUCGCUGUGUUGCGCUCACAGUUAGUGGUAACCAGUCAGAGCCUGCUAAUCCACUCAUACGUCUCGAUCCGGUCACUGGAGAAACGACGGUUGUCAAUCCACCCACCUGCCGCGCUCCCCUGGUUCCCAACCCUAACCCCGCACUCCCUCCAACAGCCCAGCGGGCUUGCUUCGGUGCAUGCUGUAUAUCCUGUCCACACCUUGAAGCGUUCUUCCCACCAAAUAAAAUAUCAAGCUAUCUCAACGUAACCGAUUCUUUGCGCGCCAUCUCGGCAAUCCUUUCGCUCUUCGUUUUGAUAUCCUAUGCCCUGUUACCGGGAAAACGGGUGCAUCCAACGGUCAUUUUGCUAUGGUUCGUGGCGGCGGUGUUCUUGUUCAGCGCUACCACGUUUUUCAAUCUCGGCAGAAGAAAGGCAACCCAAUGUGGUGACGAUAACGUUUCUGAGGCUGAUCAGGGUAACAACACCACAUGUGCGGUGCAGGGAGCAGCAUUGUUUUAUGCAUCUCAAGCGUCCAUACUGUGGUGCGCUUAUCUGAUUUUGAAUUUACAUGUGACUACAGUCUGGAAUUCACACUUUUUUGCGGAUAAGUACCCCUUCAUCCACACUAUCUGCUGGGGAGUGCCUCUCGUAGUCACAGCAGUAGGAAUCUACCUCAAAGGCGUCGCCUUCCAGUUUGGGUCCCUCUGUUUCCUCUCUUCAUCUCGCUCUUCCCCUCUGUUCUUUUACCCAAUGUCGCCUUUCAUUUUCCUCGGAUUUGCUAUCCAUCUCUGGACGGUUUCUUACGUUGCAAGGGUUGCGGCAGAAGCAGGAGGUAUUGGGUCUACGUCAGUAGGAGAAGGGAGUUCCGAAGGCUCCGCGCGGGGUGAGAGUACGAGACGCCGAGUGAUGAAGAUCUGGAGGACGAGUUGGAGGAGCAUGUUACUUGUCACAAUGUUUUUGACUACGUUUAUGUAUUUUUGGAUGUUUUAUUUUACACAAAAUGAUCGAGUGCAAAAAAUUGGGCCUGGCACACCUUUCAUCACCGAAUGGCUAAAGUGCAUCUUAUCCUCCGAUGGCUCUCAAGAGACUUGUUCCAACAUCCUAACUCCGCAUCUCCCAUCAUACGUCGUGCUCGUCCUAGCUGAUACCUUCCCCAGCCUAAUGGGCAUCUGGCUAUUCAUUAUCUUUGGGCUACGAGGGAGCAUUGUAGCCGAGUGGAAAGAAUUUUUCCGACGAAGAAAGGAGCGAAACUUUGUUCGUGACCCUACUGCAAGUGGAUCAGAGGUUGUUAUGGGUCGAUGGGCUGUAGAGGAGCAUGUUGACAGGAAGGGUACACGGGAAAUACGAACAAACAGCCGACCACAACCAUCAAAUUCUGGAUUCGUGAAGGAUAGUCGAUCACAGCACCGCUAUCCACCUCACUCUGCCCCUGCAUAUAACUCAUACAUGCAGUCCUCCUCGUACGACGAUGCGGAGAGUGCGGAAACGACGUCGAGCAGCGUCCCUAUGAUACGACCCACACCCGAAUUUGUAAGACCGCCGCCCAGACCUGCUGGCAGGAGACUGGAAUAGUUGCAUAAUACAUUAACCAGUACGACAGUCAUGUAAUCAUUUUUCUUCUUGGUUGGACAAGAUAGCUAGGUAGAGUGUUCAGCUAUGUACAGUUUUUUUUUUCUUCUUAUAACAAUGUAGAAUGUUUUUGGCGUAAA